GUCCGCACCAUCGUCACAGACCAGACUUUCGUCGACAGGUCACAGAGGCUCGAGGAGGCUCUUAAGAGCAACGACUGCAAGGCCUAUUGCGAGGAGAAGAUGACCAACAGUGCCAACGAGCAGGAGAAGGCGGAGUGGAGCCUUCUCAGCGUCCUCUUCGAGUCGCUUUUGGCGCACCUGGGCUUCGGACCCGAGGAAACGAACCAGAAGGUGUUGGAGUUCAUCUCCCGCCUUCCCGACAACGAAAAGGAGGCCGAGCACGCCAAGGAGGAGGAAACCGAAGAGGAGGAGAAGGAGGCGCCGGCCGAGGAGAAGGCCAGCGAGGACGAACCUAGCGAGGAGGAGGCCAAGAAGGAAGAAGACGACGCCUCGGCUCUCUUUGGCGGCUCCCCGGCUGCUUCCACCAAGGAGGGUGAGGACGUGUCCAACCUCUUUGGCGCCCCCGCCUCGAGCGGCGCCCCCACCGACUCUUCGUUCGACAUGUUCGGCGCGCCGCCUCCCUCGGAGGGUCAUGACCCGUUCGCCGCACUGGGCCAGCCGUCCGGCUCCGACGAUCCGUUCGCCCAGAUCGCCGCCAACCUCCCGCCCGCCGAGACGGGGUCCGAGACCUCCGCGGCCUCGACUGCCAAGGCGCCUCUGAUGCCCAUUCCCACCACCAAGGCCACCAUCAAGUUCGACCUCACCGAGGACAACUCCGAGAAUAUCAUCACGCGAUCGCUCAUCGUGGGCAACUUCGAGGCUGCCGUCAACUGCUGCAUGAAGAUCGGUCGCACGGCCGACGCGUUGGUGUUGGCUGCCUGCGGUGGCCCCGAUCUCUGGGCCAAGACGCAGGAGGCAUACUUCGCGCGUCACACCAUGCCCUUCAUGAAGGCACUCCUCCCGCCCCAUCGAACUUUAGCUGCAUGUGUGCUCAUCUCGUCGAUCGUCAAGAACGAGAUGCAAACCUUGGUGGCAUCGACCGAGCUGCACUCGUGGAAGGGCACCCUCGCCAUCCUCUGCACCUACGCCAAGAGCGAGGAGUUCCCCGUCCUCUGCGACUUCCUCGCCUCGCGCCUGGAGGCUGCCGGUGACACCAGGUCCGCCGUGCUGUGCUACAUCUGCGCGGGCAACAUCGACAAGGCCGUCAACGCCUGGGUCAACGCCUCCAUCAACAAGGACAACGACUCAGUUGAGUCCCUGCUGGAGGUCCUGGAGAAGGUGUCCAUCUUCCGCCGCGCGAUCGACUACAACGACAUGUCCGACGUGCUCGCCAACAAGUACUCGCAGUACGCCGAGGCACUCGCCUCGCAGGGCAGGCUCCAGACCGCCAUGGGCUACCUGUCCCAGCUCAACGACCCCAAGUUCCAGACGCCCUCGAGCACCGUCCUGCUGCACCGCGUCGCCAACGCGCUCAACCAGCAGCCUGCCGCUGGCGUUCCUCCGUUCCCGUUCCAAUCGGAGAACGUGAGGCCCGAGCAGGGUGGCGCCCAGCACCAGACUCCUGCCGGCGCCUCGGCUCAGCCCACUGGCCCUCAGAGAACCGCUGGUCUCACCCCCGGAGGCUACAACCCCUCCGCGCCCGUGCGCACCGCUGGCCCGUCGACACCAUCGUUCACGCCCAGCGUUCCUUCGGCUCACCCCGUUGCGCACCCCGUGCACGGCCACACGGCCACCUCGGGUCCCUCGCCCUUCCCCACGGGUCCCUCACACCGCCCGGCCGCCGGCGGCAGCCCGUCGCCCUUCCCCGAGCCUCCCCGACCCUCUAACCCCGCUGCCUUCCCCCAACCGGUUGCCGCGCCCGGCGGCCAGGGCUCUGGAGCCUACAUUCCCGCCGCGGCUCGCGCGGCUGGCUACACCGAAUACAACCCAGCGACCACCACGUUUGAGCCUCACCCCGUGGCGCCCUCGGUCGCCAUGCCAUCGGCCGGCGGUGCUGGCGCUCCCUCUGUCUUCCCCACCGUCGGUCCCACUCCCGUGGCUUCGGCCGUCGGCUCGGCGGCGCCCACCGUCUUUACUCCGUCGGCGUCGGGAAGCGGCGCCGUGCCCACCGUGUUCACGCCUGUGGCGCCGGCUGCCGUGGGCAGCGGCUCGACACCCACCGUGUUCACGCCCGUGGCCCCGGCUGGCGUCUCGGGUGUUGGCAGCGGCUCGACCACCGUGUUCACCCCCAGCGUCUCCCAGCCCACCAACACGCCACCCACAUCACAGACCAGCGCCCCUGCUCCCGCACCGGCUGCUCCCCCGAAAUUGACCAAGGAGCCCACGGCGCUCUCGGGCGAGAUCGUCAACAAAUUUUCGACCAUCGUCGACUCACUCUCGCAGCGCGUUGGCGCCGAUCCGCGCAAGGCGCGGGCCAUGACCGACGCCAAGGGCCGAAUGAACGAGCUCUACGAGAAGCUCAAGACCGGCCAGUACUCGGAUGAGCUCGAGGCUCUUCUGCACGAGUUUGCCGUUGCCCUCGAGACAGAGAACAAGGCCAACGUCACCAGGGUGCACAAGGUGCUGGCUGGAUCGCACUGGGAAGACCUGGGGAGCAAGGUGAUGAUCGGCAUCAAGCGCAUCAUGGACAUUGCCAUGCCCUGA